UCUCUCCCUCUAUCUCUCCCACUCUCUAUCAAAAGCAACACAACAACCGAGUGGUGAAUGUGUUUCCCAAACAUUGGCGAGAAUUCCGUUGAUGUGUUCAACGCUUUUUUAUAUAGACUAUUGUAGUAUUUGUCAUCAUUUAAAACAUAUGCUUUCUUUGCAACACAUUUCACGCCAAUCAUCGCUGCUUUAAACUAGCGAAUAUUCUUCACAUUAUUUAGUGCACAAAAUUGAGUGCAAAAGCGAAAUGAAUAACACUAUUAUAUGAGGCAAUUGUCAAGAAUAUGUCGACGAGUUUGGAUUUGAGGACAAUAUUCAACAAAGUUUUCUGCCUUUUUCUCUCGUUAUGGCUAUUAUUUGGGUAUAAUGUGUGCCAAACACGGUAUGGGUGUCCGGCGCGACCACUAAUUAAGCCAUGUUCGUGUCAGGAAAUUACCAAAGGAUUAGACGUCUCCUGUGAAGGCGCUCGUUUAGAGCAGUUGAGGGAAGCGCUGGAGAAUUUCGGCCAAACCGGACAAAUAGUGUGGUAUUUAAAGAUGAGAAAGAAUCAAAUGCCGACAUUUCCCACAUUCCUGUUGGACGGACUCGAUGUGAGACAUUUGGUGGCCCAUCACUGCAACAUCACAUCCAUCGACGACUCGGCGUUUAGCACUUUAGCCGAUCAGUUGGAGUCAUUGGAUCUCUCGCAGAACGGAUUGCAUGAGAGACUUCAAUUACAUGAAAAUAAGAUCAGCUCAAUCACUACCCACGAGUUGGAUGGCAUACCAUUGGCCCACAGUUUAGAUGUCUUGAAUUUAGCCAUCAAUUUAUUGGAAGAACUCAACGAAAAUGCAUUUUCAAACUUCGAAGCAUUGAAUUCAUUAGAUUUAGAGGGAAAUCAUAUCUCAAAAAUACAUAUCAAUGCUUUCCAAGGCAUUGAAGAAUCGCUCGAAUGGUUAAAAUUGGGCGAAAAUCGUUUGGAAGAGAUUCCUUCUUCAGCGCUGAGGAAUCUGACAAAACUGAGACAACUGGACCUCAGAGGCAAUAAUAUUACUUUUAUAAGCAAAGACUCGUUCACAACGUUUGGAAAUAAUCUCAAAUUUAUUUAUCUGCAAAAAAAUAAUAUCGAUAAUAUAGAGACGGGAGCUCUGGAUAACUUGGAAUCUCUGGACUGGUUUUAUAUCCAUACAAACAAAUUAAAGUCAAUGCCAUACAGAAUAUUCUCACCACUUCUCCACACACUCUCUGUUUUUGAUACACACGACAAUCCGUUUGUGUGCGACUGUGGUAUCACAUGGUUUAGAGAGUGGAUAGUAAACGGCCGCGGAUUUAAUGUCGUCAGUCUUCCCAAAGAGACCAAAUGUUUUGCGCCAAAGAGUCUCGAGAAGACACCCAUUUCGGAGAUACCGUACGAUGUGUUGAGCUGUACGAACGCCAGUCCCGCCGAUCACAGCCCGUCUCUGCCAACCCUGUUAUCCAUUUGUUUCAUUUUCUUAUUCAGCAAUUUUAUGCGAUGAACACAUUCUUUAAAAAGCAAUUUGUUUCACAUAUGUAUUAAAAGCGAUUCCUCGGAUAAAAUGUUGAGUUUGGAUACGAUUUGUUAAAACUGACAAAAACGAGAGACUGUUUUUGAAUUAACGGACAAAAUGUUGUGUAAAAUAAAUGACAAGGAAUUUGAUAAAUGGUGUUUUAUUGGCUG